GAGAUUUUUGUUACAAAAACGAACUGCUGAUACAACCCCAAAAUGUUACUUUUUAUCGCAUCAGCAGUAACGACUGUGAUAUUUUUUGGAUAUAUUCCAUUGCAAGCAGACUGCGGCAAUCCUACGUAUUUUAAUAUUGGCGGCGUCUUAAGCAAUAACGACAGUAUAUUUAACUUCCAGCAGACUAUUUCCAACCUGAACUUCGCGGAGCAUAUAGUGCCGAAAGGCAUCACGUACUAUGCGACUGCAAUGCAGAUGGAUCCAAAUCCAAUACGAACAGCCCUUAGCGUGUGCAACCUCCUCAUAGCACAAAGAGUGUAUGCAGUAAUUGUCUCUCACCCGUUAACUGGUGACCUUUCUCCUGCUGCCGUGUCCUAUACAAGUGGAUUUUAUCACAUUCCUGUGAUUGGAAUUUCUUCAAGAGAUUCAGCAUUCUCCGACAAGAAUAUUCAUGUAUCGUUCCUGCGUACAGUGCCUCCAUAUUCACACCAAGCCGACGUGUGGGUGGAACUGCUGAAGCAUUUCAACUACAAAAAAGUUAUUUUCAUACACAGCUCUGAUACUGACGGGCGAGCACUGCUUGGCCGUUUCCAGACAACAUCGCAAAGCCUCGAAGAUGAUGUAGAAAUUAAAGUGCAGGUCGAGUUUGCAAUAGAGAUUGAACCGGGACUUGACAGCUAUACGGAUUAUUUGACAGAAAUUAAAGGCGCACAGUCACGAGUCUUCCUUAUGUAUGCAAGCAAACAGGAUUCUGAAGUGGUGUUUCGUGAUGCUGAGUUACUAAACAUGAUGGAAGUUAACUACGUCUGGAUUGUGACAGAACAAGCACUUGAAGCUCCAAACGUCCCAAUGGGUACACUAGGGCUAAAACUAGUGAAUGCUACAGUAGAAACAGAUCACAUUAAGGAUAGUAUCUAUGUGCUGGCAUCAGCUCUAAAAGCAAUGAAUCAAACGGAGAACAUAACGCAAGCUCCAAACGACUGCGACACGUCUGGCUCUAUCUGGGAAACUGGGAAAAUAUUAUUCGAGUACAUACGAAAGCAGGAAUUACUUGAUGGAGCUACAGGAAAGGUGGCAUUUGAUGACAAUGGUGAUCGUAUUAAUGCUGAAUAUGAUAUUGUUAAUGUCCAAGAGAACCAACGCAAAGUCUCAGUUGGAAAAUAUUUUUACUCGCACGAGCAGAAUCGAAUGAAGCUGAAAGUGAACGAUAGCAACAUACUGUGGCCAGGAGCGACCCAUGCAAAACCAGAAGGCUUCAUGAUCCCCACUAACCUAAAAGUGCUUACCAUAGAGGAGAAGCCUUUUGUGUACGUGCGAGAGCUUGUGCACGAAGGAGACACCUGUACACCCGAAGAAAUACCUUGUCCGCAUUUCAACUCUACGGAGGAAGUCUUCUGCUGUAAAGGAUUCUGCAUGGAUCUCUUAAGGGAGCUAGCACGCAACAUAAAUUUUACAUACAAUCUGACAUUGUCACCAGACGGCCAGUUUGGUAGUUACAUCAUCAAGAACAGCUCAGCUGGGGGAAAGAAAGAAUGGACAGGACUUAUUGGAGAAUUGGUAAAUGACAGGGCAGACAUGAUUGUUGCACCACUCACCAUAAAUCCAGAGAGAGCAGAAUUCAUUGAAUUCAGCAAGCCUUUCAAAUACCAAGGAAUAACAAUUCUUGAAAAAAAGCCUUCCCGCUCCUCAACACUUGUUUCAUUUCUACAACCAUUCAGUAAUACCUUGUGGAUCUUAGUUAUGGUAUCAGUGCAUGUAGUUGCUUUGGUACUCUAUCUCCUGGAUCGUUUCUCACCUUUUGGCCGCUUCAAGCUAGCUAACAAUGAUGGAACUGAGGAGGAUGCUCUAAACUUGUCCAGUGCAAUAUGGUUUGCCUGGGGAGUGUUGCUGAAUAGUGGAAUUGGUGAAGGUACACCCAGAAGUUUCUCAGCACGUGUCCUUGGCAUGGUAUGGGCUGGUUUUGCUAUGAUAAUUGUUGCCUCGUACACUGCCAAUCUGGCUGCCUUCCUAGUGUUAGAAAGACCUAAAACAAAGCUUACAGGAAUAAAUGAUGCAAGGUUAAGGAAUACUAUGGAGAACUUAACAUGUGCGACUGUAAAGGGGUCAGCUGUAGAUAUGUACUUCAGAAGGCAAGUUGAACUGUCAAACAUGUAUCGUACUAUGGAAGCAAAUAACUAUGAUACUGCAGAAGAGGCAAUAAGGGAUGUUAAGCAAGGAAAACUAAUGGCUUUUAUAUGGGACAGCUCACGCUUAGAAUUUGAAGCAGCUCAAGACUGCGAACUUGUGACUGCUGGAGAGCUCUUUGGUCGAUCUGGAUAUGGAAUUGGACUUAAGAAAGGCUCACCCUGGGCUGACUCAGUCACUCUUGCCAUUUUAGACUUUCAUGAAAGUGGCUUCAUGGAAAGUUUGGAUAAUCGUUGGAUCCUGCAAGGAAAUUUACAACAGUGUGAACAGUUUGAAAAGACACCUAAUACCUUAGGUUUGAAAAACAUGGCAGGUGUUUUCAUACUAGUUGCUGCUGGAAUAGUUGGUGGUAUUGGGCUUAUAAUAAUUGAAAUGGCCUAUAAGAAACAUCAGAUACGGAAACAAAAGAGAAUGGAACUAGCUCGCCAUGCUGCAGACAAAUGGAGAGGUGCCAUUGAGAGAAGAAAAACGCUAAGAGCAACUGUUGCAGCUCAAAGAAGGCUUAAAGCAAAUGGAGUGAAUGAUCCAGCAACAGUAAGUUUAUCAGUAGACGCUCUGCCACAACUGGAAGCCAGAAGUCCAGCAAGAGCAUGGCCUGGGGGUUGUGAUGUAAGGCAACGUGGAUCAAGAACUGAUGAAAUAAGAGUUGCCACUACUGCCCAGAGCAAUCCAGCUUAUACCUCCAAUCUCCCCGACAUGAUAGUAUAGAAAUACUGCAAGUGGAAGUGGAGAAACUAUGUAUCACACAAUCACUCUUGUGCACAAAACUUAUUUGAAUUUACUGAUUUUUAUAUAUUUAUUGUACGUUAAGUAGCUCUGAAAUUCAUACAAUUGAAUACAAUUAAAACACCAAAGUUGUACAUUAUAUCAUGGAUAAAUACGAAUUCAUCAUCCCUCCCUUCUUCCCCCCAACCCCUACCCCCUCUGCCCUGUCCUCUCCCCCUACUGCCUCCUCUCCUCCUCACCAGUCAUCUUCAUUUUUCAGUCAUUAGAUCAUUUACCUACUACAUCAUAUUCAUAGCAUUAAUUCCUAGCUAUAGCAAUCCAGCAACAGAAAAAAUUUUAGAAAAUAUAUUGUAAUUGGCAGGUUAAACUUACUAUCAACUUUACAUUAGAAAUCCUUUGUAUCAGUACUGAUUAAGUGUGUUUAAGAAAUCAGUUCAUUUUUGUUUACUGUGAUAUUUUUUACAAUUACUGAUCAUGAGCAUUUAGUGCCAACUUAGGAGUAGACUAUAUUGCUGGAAGAUACCACUGCCCAUAAAUAUGUAUAGAUGCAUAUGCUUAUAUACAUUUACAAAAUGAACUGAUGCUGGAGCUGGCUCUAGUAUAAUUUUC